AUGUCUCCUGGAAUUCCGGCGAUAAAGUUGAGGGCGAUGUUCACCAUUUUUGCGAUGAUAGGGAUAUUUGGGCUGAAUGGGUUGGUGAAGGCACAAGAGAUGGAAAAUGGGUGUUUGAGGUUGAUUGGAAGUGUGGCCUGUCCUGGAUUUUCAUUCGCUUAUCUCUCACCUGAAAACCUUUCUAACGCAUUCCCAUUCUUCUCCAAAGUAAACUCCGUUUCAACCUUCGACGCCGCCGCGUUGGCAUAUUUGUCAGAUCCGUAUCAAUAUACAAAGACGAAGUUCGUAGAACAAUUAGGGUGUGGGAAUGUUUUGACAUCGACAGGGGUCAUAAGAUGGGAGAGAACUGUUUUAUGUAGUCAGUGGGUCAAUGAGAAAUGGAGUGGGGAGUGUAGGGAGUUGUAUGACAAUUCUUCCAAUGCAACUUCCCCAAAGAUGGUAUGUCAAGAAACAUGUCUUCAAUUCUCAUCCUCCGAAUCCUCAUUAAUCACCGAUACUUCUUUCUGUCCUGGACUAGACCAGACCAACGGGACACGUCAAGCCACCCUGAUGAAAGAUCACGAUGAUUGUACCGAUUGGACCACAUUGACGACGAACGAUACUUCCACUUGUGUCCAAGGAAAUGAUAACGAAGGUAAUUGUGGAUUUGGGAGUAGUACGAAACAAUUAUGCGAUUUCUGUAGCGGCGAUAAACCGGAUGAUUGCUGUUAUUCUUUUUGCGGGUUUUCACUGGUUCCAUCAUCCUCUUCGGCGAGUCCCAGUGCCGCUACAACGGUUCAAAAUAUGAAGAAACAUGGUCUUACCGGUGGUCAGAAAGCAGGUAUAAUAGUCGGUUCGAUAUUCACAUUUAUCUUCCUUCUCAUCUCGUACUAUAUCAUGAGCGUCUGGAUCAGACUUCGAAAGGAGAGAAGAUCUCAGCUGGAAGAAGCAGAGAAUAAGCUGAGGAGAGAGAGAUCUGGUCUGGAGUCUGGUUUAGAAGGUUUCAGCCCACGAUCGGGUAAUAUGGAUGGGGAGAGAAAGUUGGGAUCACCGUUUAGGGAGAGUCCCAGGGUUGUACGUGUUUUCAAUGAGAGUAAAGAGGAAAAGGAAAGGUCUGGAAGAAGGGAAAUUAAGAAUGCGGAUGGGGUGGUUAGUUUGAAGGAGAAGGAGAACGGCGAACAACUUAAAGAGGACCACAAUGUGGAUGUGGUGAAGGGUAAUGAGAGGAAGGCGAAAGAGGGCUUUGUUGGUGGUAUGGUGGGUCAGGAGAGUAGAGUUGUCGGGGCGACAUACGCAGAAGAAUUGGGCAAAGGUCUAAGGAAAGGGGUGGUGUUACCUCGUGUCAAGGAUGAAAAUCAGAUGGGUGAAAAGUGGAUCGAGACAGGGUCAGAAGUCUGUGUUAUUUGGCCAUACGAAGCUGUCUUACCUGAUGAAUUGGAUCUUCGAUCAGGUAUGAGAAUACACGUUCUAAGAUUAUACGAUGAUGCCUGGGGAACGGGUAAAGUGGUCUUUGGUGGAGAUUCGAGGAUUGGUGUAUUUCCUAUAGUAUGUGUAUCUGAAGCAUCAUCAGUAGGUGUGGGACACGAUGACAUCGCUUCCAGUAGAAGUGAUAAUAGAGAGUUGUUUGUCGAUGAUGCCGUCUGA